UGCGAAAGUUAUUUAAGCAUAAGUAGGCCUGCUUUUGGCGACUUCUUUAAAAGCGCUUCGACACCGCAUCGACCCUCGAAGGCCUCUACAAUGGCGGGCAGAGGCUCUGGCAGAGUGCCCACGGGAUAUGCAGCAGAGACGUACAUUAGCGAUCACACCUUCCGCCAGGGCCACCGGGCUGUCGAGGGCGGCGCAAACGCGAAGAAGCGGAAGCGGGAAGCCAAGGGCGACUCAAGCGUAGUGUCUGGGGCCGGUGCAUACAAAGGACCUUGGGCGAGAUAUGAAGAGGAAAAGCCAGAUGCAGCUUCAGACGACGAAUAUGGGAGCGAUGAAGAGGUGGAAAUAAUAUACGAGGAAGAUGAGAUUGAAGAAAAUCCCGCACCGGCAUCGAAAAAGCUCGCAGGCACAGACUACCACGACACAGAGGCAGAGGGAGAAACGAGCGAGUUUGUGGGCAGCCAGCAAUACGACUAUCAGGGACGGACGUAUAUGCACGUACCCACUGAUUUGGACUUGAAGCUCACUGGCGACUACGAACCGAAGAACUUCAUACCGAAGAAGCUCGUCCACACGUACAAAUACCACACCAAGUCGAUUACGCAAGUGCGGUUUAUACCUGACAGCGGUCAUCUCCUCCUCUCUGCAUCGGCAGACUCCAAGAUUGCUCUAUGGGACGUAUACCACCAGCGGGAGCUCUUGCGCACAUACUCAGGGCACACUAAAUCAGUCAAUGACAUUGAUUUCAACCCAAGCGGUACACAGUUCAUAUCGGCGAGCUACGAUCGCUUCAUGAAACUGUGGGACACGGAAACCGGAAAGUGCCUGAACAAGUUCACAAGUGGAAAGACGCCGCAUGUGGUGCGCAUCAAUCCAAGCACGCCGCAUGAAUUCCUAGCGGGUAUGAGCGACAAGAAGAUCCUCCAAUACGACAAUCGAAGUGGGGAAAUGGUGCAAGAAUACGACCAUCAUCUGGGGCCCGUCAACACCAUUACUUUCUGCGACGAAAACCGACGCUUCAUCACCACCUCGGACGACAAAUCGCUCCGCGCAUGGGAAUACGGAAUCCCAGUGCCCAUCAAGUUCAUCGCAGAACCCUACAUGUUCUCCAUGGUGCGCUCGUCGCCGCAUCCCUCGGGCAAAUACGUCGCGUUCCAGUCGUCCGACAACCAGAUCACCGUCUACUCGUCCACGGACCGCUUCCGCCAAAACCGUAAAAAGAGCUACCGCGGCCACAACGUUGCGGGCUACGCACCAGAUGUGGCCAUCAGCCCUGAUGGCCAGUUUGUCAGCUCUGGUGAUAGCGGCGGAUACGUGUGCUUCUGGGAUUGGAAGACAUGCAAAAUGUGGCACAAGAUUCAGGCGAGUGACGCUCCCGUUUUGUCUGUGCAGUGGCACCCAAGAGAGAGCAGUAAGCUUGUUACGGGCGAUUUGAAUGGAGUGCUCAAGUACUGGGAUUAAGGGGCUUGAGGGGCUGGAUGACUUGGCGAAUUUCCCAAGUUAUUAAUCAGCAUGUAAACAUACGCGUAGUGUUCCAGGCCUCAUGCCUCGGGAUGGCACAGGAAUAACCAGGAAAUACUGAUAGUGAUACCCAAAGCAAUUGAUUACCGAUGCCCUAUGGAAGUCGAUACUCUUCUCCC